GUCUAGAUUUUAUCAACGGGCGUUCCAUACAACGUCAUAUCAUUACAUUGUAUUUAGGAUAUGUCGCUAGCAAGCAUAGUUCGUCGACGACGGUAAGCAAAGCGACCAGUGAUGGUUGAUGGCGACUGACAGUUGGCAGUGGACUGCGAUCUACAUGCAUGAAGGCCAUAAGUUAUCACCCGGUCUAAUCAGGUUUAAGUAUAAUAUUAUUCAUUAGACCAUAUUUAGAAUAUAAUUAGUCAACAACGGGGAAUAUGAUCGGUCGUAGGGGAUCCGUGACAGCCAAAAAGCAAUGAUCAAGCCAAGAAGUUAUUCGGCAAAGCUCCGCGUCAAAGUCCUUCUACCUUCACUCUUCCCACACUUUCUUCGCCGUCCUCAUUUCAAUGAUUCCAUCUCCCUCCAAAACCCUAAAUUCCAACCCUAACGAAGCCUGGACCCUCGUCAACCGCCGCCGCCGCCGAGGCAAACCCAUUACGAAUGCCGCCUCUCGAUCCAAAACUCUAACCCCAUCCCCCGAACACAAAACUCCAUCUUCAUGGAUCCCCACCGAUUCUUCCACCGAUUCCGAGAGAGAAUCCAAACUCCUCGCCCGAAUGGAAUCCGCCAUCCGCGAACUCGGCAGCUCUCGAUUCGUCCACCGCUUCCUCUCCCGUUAUCGGGACCCCCAGAUCCAGAAAGAACUCAACAAACUUCUCACCCCCUGCUUACAGAUUCAGAUCGUCGCAUACGGAAUCGGAAGCAUCGAAUCGUACAAGACACCGCGGCUGCCGCUCGCUCUUGCUCUCCUGCUCCGGCAGGAGCUCGGCGUGAGAGCCAUGAGGCCGAUCGAAGUGUUUGACCCAGUUCUCUCUGCGGUGGAGUGCGCCGUAUUGGCGGCGCUCGGGUGCAGAGUUAUCACCGUAGAUGAAUGUGGGCGCCGGGAGACGGCGAUGCCGACGAUUUACUAUAUGCCGCAUUGCGAAGCGAUGCUCUAUGAUAACCUACUGGAUGCGAAUUGGAAACCGGUGAUGUUGAGGAGAAUGGUGGUGAUUGGCAAUAGCUUUGGAGUGUAUGAGCGGUAUGUGAAGGAGAUGAGAGGGGCAUGUGGAUCUGUAGCUCUUGAAGUUGAUGGAAGGCAUUUGCUUUGGAUCAGGAGGUAUGUGCGGGAGGUGGAGAUGGAGGGGAAGGAGAAUGGUCGGGAUUUUAAAGAAGAUGAGGAUGAAGUUGAGCUUUUUAAGGCUUUUCACGAUUUGAGCUGGCAUUUCUUCGAGCUUGAUGAUGAUGCAGACAUGGGCGAGCUCUGAAGGGCAAAGCUCUGGUACCUUCCUCUCCAUCAACGGCCAAUGCCGCCUCUCAAUGAAAUCAACGGUCCCAAUCACCUAAU